AGUUUACGCCCCUUUGGCACAGGUCAAAGGUUGCUAAAGGCCAUCAGUAUGGCGUCUGCUAGUAUAGAACGUUUCGUGAAAUUAUUUAAACACAAAAGUGGAUCUGUGAUUGGUAUGAUUCACCUUCGAGCGCUACCAGGUACCCCUCGUUGUGAGCACAGCAUGCAGUCCAUUAUUCAACAAGCUUGCCAAGAAGCCCAGCUGUACAAGGAGGCUGGGGUGGAUGCCGUUCUAGUGGAGAACAUGCACGACAUCCCAUAUCUGCAUACAAACGCAGUCGGACCGGAAGUCACGGCAGCCAUGAGUGUCGUCUGCUCGGAGGUGCGGAAGGUUUUUGCUCCCAAGCCUGUGGGCGUGCAGGUUCUGGCGGGCGCUAACAGGCAGGCACUAGCUGUCGCUCUGGCGGCAGGGCUGCAGUUCGUGCGGGCUGAGGGCUUCGUGUUUUCGCAUGUUGCUGAUGAGGGACUGAUGAGCGCAUGCGCGGGCGAGCUGCUGCGCUACCGACGGCAGAUCGGCGCCGAGGACGUGCUGGUGCUGACCGACAUCAAGAAGAAGCACAGUGCUCAUGCCAUCACUGCGGAUGUGGAUAUCGCGGAGACUGCGAAAGCUGCUCAGUUCUUCCUGUCUGAUGGCGUCAUUGUCACAGGUUCUGCCACAGGCCAGGCCGCCAGUACUAAAGAGAUGAGAGCGGUUCUGGAUGCCGUGGACCUGCCUGUGUUGGUGGGGUCAGGGGUCACAACGGACAACUACGACCAGUUCCGGGCAGCGCACGCUGUUGUGGUGGGCUCCCACUUCAAGCGUAACGGCCUGUGGUCCAACGAGCUGGAUCCGGACAGGCUGCGGCGCUUCAUGCAACACGUGGCUGACGUCAGGAGGAAGCAAGUGGAGACAACCAUGAUCAUGUAGGACAAAUGUCGCUGGGCUCCAAGAGCAAGAACGUGUUGCACAGCGUUGAGAGUUGAAAAAGAUGCAGUUAAUCUAGGGUGUGCACAGGGCUUUGUAGUAGUGAGUGAUUAGUCUACACAGUGUAUGUGCGUGCGUGUGUGAGAGAGUUUUUCCCAAACGUAAGGUGUUUUCCGACCUCAAUCAUAUAAUCGGGUGUUUUUCUCAUGACAUAAUCAGGUGAGCAUUUAUCAUCAUUUUUACGUGACUGUUUUUGUACAGCGCAUCAUGUAAUUUCUUAGACUUUAUAAAUGACAUUUUGCAGAUCAUUGAUGUUUGCAGAGUUGAAAUUUUGAUUCAAAGUAUAUUAUUCAGAAGUGGCUGGUGAAACUGAACAUCGUUGAUGUAUUAAAUAAGAGUGAAAGAGGCAAGAAUAUGUACUAAGGGAACUAACCCAGUGUCCGGUAGACCAACGUUGUGUAGUCUGUUACCUCCCUUAGUACGACACCCUAAGGAAAUCGUCUGCUCCUUUAUUGUUCGUUCUCUCGUGAAAGCAAAAAUAAAAAAAGUCUGAUAGCUUUUUCAAACAAA